AUGUCCCCGCGGUGCCGGUAGUGGUGCUGUGAGUCUGCCGAGCACUGAACUCUAAACCCCCGCAGAUCUGCUAAAUGAGAGCAGAAGAUAACAUAAUAUUAAAACCACAUUUGUGAUCGGUUUAACGGUUCACGACCACAGCAAGGAAUACCAUCACGUAGCAUUCCAAUGAACGUUCCGUGCAGUUGAUGUUUUGGGCGUUUGAACGGUCUGCCCGGAGUGAAACGCCGUAGAGGCUAAACCCACUGCAGCUGAUGUUCUCAGGGACCCGCGUCACGUGAUGUAUGAAGGUAAACACAUCCAUUUCUCAGAGGUGGAUAACAAGCCGCUGUGCUCCUACAGCCCCAAGCUCUGCAAGCAGCGCAGAUUGAAUGGAUACGCCUUCUGCAUUCGUCAUGUCCUGGAGGAUAAAACCGCUCCGUUCAAACAGUGUGAAUAUGUGGCCAAGUACAACAGUCAGCGAUGCACUAACCCCAUCCCUAAAGCUGAGGAGCGCAGAUACUGUAACAGCCACCUACAGGUUCUGGGUUUCAUCCCUAAGAAGGAACGCAAGAAGAAGCAGGACGCUCUGGAGGAGGUACGCGGUCGCACUCAUGUGGAGUCUGUCGCUCUGAACAUCACCGUUCCCUCUCUGGCUCUGAGAGGCUCUAACGGGCUGGACGGCCUCCCUCCGUCUCCUCCCUGCUCCCGCCUCACCUCCCUGCCCCUCUCCGACUCCGACUUCCUCGACCCCUUCGCCUUCCACGAGGAGGACACGGACGGAGAGGAGAGGAUCUCCAGCAAAAGAAAACCUGUGAUUGGCCCGAGGAUGAGCGUCCGGGACCGUGAGCACCAUCAGCAAGCCUCCGAGCACUUUAGCGCAGCCGCCGAACCCUGCGUGCUUCCGAACUCCCUGCACCUACCACAGCCACCUCCACCACCACCUUUACCUCCACCUCUACCUCCACCUCAACCCUCGUCGAGGCAUCAACACACCGAUCGGCCUCCCUACGCCCAGCACGGGCCAGUGCAGACUCUGCUAUGCAAGCCGGCUCCACCUCAGACCGGACCUUCCACGUCAGCGGGGACUCAGAACCAGCCGCUCGGCCGGAGACCCGCCCCCGCUGCUUCGCCCCGCCCACCCGCCUCCCAGGACGGCCCACAGCGCCGCUCGGUGGCCAUGCGACCCACUGCCUUCACAGCGCCUCCCGUCUGUCUGCUGAGACUGCAACACCUCGUGCAGCUGUAUGCUCAGAGACAGCGAGAACACGGAGACCUGUUCCCACAUCUCGGUCUGGACUGGUCUGAGGACAGUACAGAUGAUGAAGGGACAGAGGAGAUUGUGUCUUCGCUGCCUCGGGGCUGGAGGUCACAUGACGGAGGUCUCGGUUACAGCUCCUCAGAUGAGAAACCUCUGUCCCGGCGGGCGCGUCUGACGCAGCUGUGCACGUACCUGCAGGAGAGGUACAAACACCUGUGCCGACGGGACCGGGCAGUCACCCGUCACAGCAGAUACCGAUACGCCUUCCGGAAAGCUCUGCUCCACGCCGCCAGCAAAGACCCCGACUGCACUGCCCAGCUCGUUCAGAGACUCAACAAGAGCUCGCAGACGUCACUCUGUUCCAGGUCUGCAGUACCACAGACGUAUGAAAGGACAGCAUGUACGGGAAACACGAAGGGUCAAAGCUGCAGAAACAUAGCUUUGCCCUUUUCACAGCACUGUUUUCAGCAUAUCCUACUGAAUCGCUCUCAGCAGCUGUUUUCCAGUUGCACGGCACGCUUCGCUGAUGGCCAGCAGUGCUCUGUUCCUGUGUUUGACAUCACUCAUCAGACGCCUCUUUGUGACGAACAUGCCAAGAAAAUGGAUAAUUUCCUGCGUGGUGACGGUAUCAGACGCAGUCAGCAGCAGCGCCGUCCGCGUAAGAAGACCAAACCGCCCGCGCUGACCAAGAAACACAAGAAGAAGAGGAGACGAGGCCCGCGGAGACCUCAAAAGCCCAUUCCUCCAGCUGUGCCGCAAGGCAACCUGGCAAUGCCCUACUCACUCACACUGCCCACUCACCACGCCCACGUCAGAAGUCCGUCUACCCCCGAGCUCAGCGCGGACGAGCUUCCUGAUGACAUCGCUAAUGAAAUGCCUGACAUUCCUAAUGAUCUUGAGCUGAAUCAGGAGGAUUUCUCAGACGUGCUACCGAGACUACCUGACGAUCUUCAGGAUUUCGAUCUUUUCGAGGGUAAGAAUGGAGAAUUGUUGCCCACUACAGAAGAGGCAGAGGAGCUGGUCAGAGCCCUGCAGGCGAUGGCCUCGUAUCCCGACUCCCUGUGUUUAUCCUCGAUGGCUGAACUCACCCCUGCGGUGUUCUCGGGAUCAGGGGUCACGGCAACAGGCAUUGGAGACCUUCUGAAUGGCCGCAUAACGUCUGAAACCUUCCCCAAUUUAGAGCUAGAGGGGAAUCUUCUCCACGACCCGAGAGACCAUCAUUUUCCCACGUCCACCUCUCCCCAGCCAACACAGAGCAGCGCCGCAGCGCCCCCUACAAGUCCAAACGGCAGACUAACAGAACGGACGUUUUCGCGGGCUCCCUCCCCACCGGGCAGUCAUUACACCAGCGAGCACGUGCCAUCCCCCUACAGAGAUCACAUCUCACCCCCACACGAUGCCUCUUAUCAAACCGACCCGCCUCUCCUGCUGGAGGUGCCUUUGAGCGGCGCGCCGGGGCCUCCGCGCUCCUCCUGGAAUAACCUCCCUCUCUCGCUCACAGACCCGGCACAGUUCGGUAACCUCCUCACUGCUGAUGCACACCUCCUCUCGACCUCGCUGUCCACCCCGCCCUCCACCUCCCAAUCUACAAUCCUGCAGCCCACCGCUGCCCUCUCCGCUCUGUCCCAGCCGGGAAUGACCGCACGCUCCUCACCCUCGUCCUCGCCCUCAUCUCGCGACCUGCUCGUCCCCACUCAACCUAAACUACAGCUCCCUCAGUUUAGCGCAGCCUUCGGCCACCAGCUGGCUUCCCAUAGUGGGAUCCCUAAAGACCUGCAGCCCAGCCAUAGCUCUACAGCGCCACCUACAGGCUUCUCCAUCACUAGUGCCACUGCUGCCACCUCCCCUUUCCCUCAGAGCAACUGAGCGUGAGAGACAGAGCCACAAAAAUCAACAUUUUAUCAAUGUCAUCAUUCCAGACCUAUACGAUUUGUGUGGAACACGGCGAGAUGUUCAGCAGUAUGUUCCUGUCGCUCCAUAAAACCACGAUGUGUUAAUCAGACACGGCAAUAAAAGUCUCACUUUUAUUUUACGGAAAACGGCAGCGCGAACAUUCUUCAAAACAUCUUUUGUGCACCUCAGAAAAAGUCAUAGGCGAUCAUAAGAACGUAAGGCUGAGUUGACGAUGUGCUUUUUAGGUGAACCGAGCAUUUAAAGCCAUGAGGUCAGCGACACACUCGAGUCUUUCCAGUAGCUUCUGUGCUCGCUCUGUUUGUUGAUGUGACGCAUCUUCCACUGACAUGAUGCUGAAUUAUAUCUUUACUGUUAUCACAAAACCUGUCCACCACUGAAUGCCACAAUCUGUCACCCUGUCUAUACCGCACACUUUACUGUGCUACACAGUUGACUUCUUGGUCACUUCCUGUUUUCCUCUCGUGCACUGGUUCCCUAAACUGAACAGCUAAAAAACUAGCUCUGCCCCUUAUUUCAAUAUGCUGAAUCAGCUCCCCAAAAAGAUAGGGACUAUACUUUAGCCGACAGUGUGUAACUACCUAAGGUCCUGUUUGCAUUGGUGCGCUUGCGUAUGAACGGAGGGUUUUAAAAGUGCUGUGUGUGAUAUUUAGGAGGAUCUAGUGACAGAAAUGCAAUAUGAUUUCAUGCAGUUCAGAGGUGUUUAAACACCUUACAUAAUGAAGCGUUAUGUUUUUAAUACCUCCGAAUGAGCUAUUUCUGUCUACAGUCUUGGGCUGGGGUGAUGUAUCGCGAUUCACACUAAUAUACCUGUCUAGAGCGAUUCUGAAAUCUCAAUGGCUAAGAUUCUACUGCUCUUUGAUCAGAAGGAAGUACUGCUUGAUCUAAAAUCACUAUGAGAUUGAAUCGUGCAUUUGAAAAAGCAACACUCGUAUAUAUAAAGUAUAUAAACAUACUUUAUUAUCAUGAAAGUACCUGAAAAGGUUUGAAGAACAGCGAUAGAAUAUGCCCAUUGGCAUUUCCUGGAGCUAUGUUUGGUUCUUUCCUGAAGCUCAGUGGUUAGAGCAUGGUGCUAACAAUGCAAGGUCGUGGGUUCGAUCCCAGCGGAGCAUGUACUUAGAAGCAAAAAUGUAUAGGAUAAUGCCAUAUAAGUCGCUUUUAUGCGUCUGCCAAAUGCAAUGCAUAAAUGUACUUCCUCUAUGGCCCAUAUUUGGAGUUUCUGCCCGAGAGCGCCCCUGGCUUUCGGAUGUGGCGGCAUUUGACCGUAAUUCACUGAGAAACUGAGCAUAAGAAUUGCACGAUAUAUCAUCCCAGCCCUACUACAUACACAGUGGGUCUCCUUACAUGGAAUUCACCAUGUUGUUUCUGCAGCAGUCCUAAACGGACAAACUUUUUUCAAUUGUUUUCAAUGGAAACGCAGCAUUUUUUGAAAACGCCAGCAGAUGGCGUUCCUUUGCUCAGCGUAUCAUAGGAACCAGUGCGCCUCCGUUCAAGCGCCCGUUUUCAGCCGCGUAAAAGCGCCUCGGUGGAUCUGGAGCCUUAAGACAAGCUGUCUUUUUAAUUUUUAAUUAUUUUUCAGUUUGGAAUGUUUGGUCAACGUACCUCACAUGAAUAAAAAAAUUAAGCGUUAAUUAAUAAAUGAAUUAAUUAGUUUCUAGUGAUUUUACAGUAACUCUGAGGUAAAGCCAGCAAUGUGUCAGUGGAAGAUGUGAUAACAAUUUCAUUAAGACUUAAUAAUUAUAUUUGGUCAGAUUAGGUAAUAUUCCCUGAUUUUAUCAUUAUUUCUCAAAUGAGAGCAGCAGGUUGUUAGUCAUUAUGUUAGAUAGUGUGCAUGACUCUUGAAGUUUCUGUUUAAACCUGGCAUUAACACAUGCAUCUUAGAUCCGUCUCCUGACACCCUGUGACCACUUGUCAUCAGUUAUUGUGUGGGAUGGAGUGAUGGUUGUUGUCUCGGCAUGUUAAAGCACAACAAGUGAAAAAGCACAGUCAACACAGCUCUCCCAAAACUACUUCCAUGAUUUCAACGGUCGUAUCAAAACUAUGUGCAUCCCAUGAUCUGUUACUGCAUGUUGAUCACAGAGCAUCUUCAGAUAAUUGUACUGAAAUAAUAUUUCACAUUUUGCAAAUCCUUGUUUGACUUUAAAAGAAAAUGAUGAUUUAUUACAUGAGGUGUCUGGGAUACGUCUGGAUUCAUUGUGAAUACCAACUAUGAACAUUGUGUAACAUCACUGACCUUCUAAAACCUUGUAUGUCCAAAUUUGCUUUUUGUUGGGAAAUGGAAAAAAAACACAGUACUUGUGAUUACAUACUGUGUUGUCAAAAGCACUUUUUAUUACUUUUUCUUGGUUCGAUAUUUGCAAAACCCAGUGACAAACAAAGGGUGACUAAUAAUAAUGAUUUAUGGCAAAAAAUCAUGAAAUAUGGAGAUACGAGGUUUCAGAAGGACAGUAACGAAAACCAAAAUGAACCCCCGUACACCAACAAUCUCUUCUGAGUGGCCUGUCUCUCAGAACAUCUGUUGGUUGAGAAUCUGCUGUAAGGUCCUGGCGUCUGGAGGUGGUUCUCCAGCACUUCACACUUGGGUUCUUUCGUGGGUUCUUGCGCGCGCACACACACAAACACACAGUGAACCUGAGCUGGAGAAGAAAAACUCAAAUCAAGCAAUAAUCUCAUCAUCCGAGCCUAGUGCGCCAGUCUUCAGAUCAAUCCCAGCAUCCUCUGCCUCUUAGAACCUUCUCUUUGGGGUCAAGGGAAAACAUCAACACACUGAUGGGGAACUCAUUCAACAUCGAGAAAGAGACGUCAGAUCUUCGCCAAAUAUAUGAGUCAAAUCUGUGUGUUUAUGGUGCUUAAUAAGUGUCACAUACGAUGACCUCGUGUGGUCUUUCUAACACAAAGAACCCUCCGCGGUGAGCUGACAGACCCUGUGUCGGAGCUUCGGUGCAGUUUCUUUACAGAACGCUUUGAUGUUCCACAGUCAGGUUUAUUCUCACCGUCAGUCAGCCUUACGUCACGCGGGACCAGCGUUCCCCGUGCAGUUUUUCAAAGUAUGGCAGUAAAAACAAGGUUUCUGGUAGCUUUUAGACACUGAACGAUUAUCUCAUAUAUUGGUAUUAAGUAUUAAAUAUAUUUAUAGAGUAGAAACCUCUAGAUCGGGUUUAUCGGUUGAAUUGAGUGGCGAGAAACUAAACACAAGAUUAAAAAAAGAAAACUAGACUUGUGCAACAUACUCGGUGGAACGGAUGCGUUUUGUGGUCAUGUUUGGUAGUUUUAAUGGCUAUCAAAAGUCUCGUGAUGACUUAUUUUAAUUGGUUGAUGUUGUGUUUGUGUGUCAUUUAAUCGGAGGGAAGAGACGUGAUGGUGUGCAGCAGUAUUUUUGACAGCUAUUAAAAAGUAACAGUCGGCGAUUGUGUAAGACUGAUUGUAGUUUGAGCGUAAAACCAACUCGACAGCACAUUUCACCGGCUUGUGUACAAAACGGACCUGUCUCAUUCAUGAAACACGAGCAAAUAUGUGUCAAAGCUGUACAACACUGAAGAAAAGUGUGACAGGAUAAUGCUUAAAGUUUGUUAAACCCACUCAAAUGAUGUAAGAAAUAUGUAAAACCUCAAAAUGACAUAACCAACAUGUUUUACAUUUUAUCUGGGAAAAGAAAUCAUACACCUAAAACAUUGACUAGAGACGGUUUCAGCAGCAACGUAACGUAAACGUUAUGUGGCCCAAACGUAACUUCCGGUAGACCUCCACAAAGAAUCAAUAACCCGUUCAGUAGUUUUCAUUUAAUUUAAUACAAUUAAUAAACAACAAAAAUUUUAUUAUAAAUUAUAAUAUAAUAUUGGAAUUAGUGAUAUUUUAAUAUUUUCGUUAGUAACAUUCAUUCAAAGUAAUCGUUAAUAACAAAUUCAUAAAACAAAUAUAAGUUCACUGUGAUCAUUGGAUUGGUGGGUUCAAAAUAUUUUGUAAAACGAACACAUUUGCAGUCAUUUGUUCGGCGAGUGUUUUAUGAAUGAGACUCAAUGGUAGCACCAGAACGAUCGCGUGUGUGUGUGUGCGUGUGUGCGUGUGUGUGUGUGUGUGUGUACUAGAACUGUUGCUUUUUCAGUCGUUGUUUUAAAAGGUCGUCCACAAAUGAAAUGAAGCUGAUGUGAUGACAGGUGGUAUGCACUACACGUGACCAUGAGAAUCUUGGGUCGCUCUCUCUCUGCCGAUGUUCAUCAGUUGUGGCAAAAGCUGGAAUGUUGUUUGCAUUCAGCGUUUCUACCGUGUUACUACUGUACUGCACAGGUCAACCACACCCCCUGACCCGACCCGACCCGACGGCUUGCACUGCGUUCAGACAGCUGACUGAUUCCUCACUGAAUGUACUGUACAACUGUUUUUAAAGCUGAUAGGAUAAUCCAGUCACCUUUUGUUAUUGGUCUUUAAUUUGUCUGAGGUAUUUUUUGGUAUACAAAAGUUUACAUUUUUAUGUAUAUUUUUCUUGUGUAAAAACGAUGUAAUAUGUGUAUAAACAUUGUAUGUAAUAUCUGUAUAUAGAGUGAAAAUUUUCAAUCUUGUUUUUGGAUGUAAGGAUUAAACUGCGUGAUUGUUUCCUGUUGUCUGGAGAUGUGAUUCAGUCGGUCGGUUGUGCUCAGCCGUCAGAAUGAUAUUUUUGGCUACGUGAGGGUAAUGAUUACCCUGGUUUUUGGACUUCAGCACAUGAUGCUUAUAAUGUCUCAUAAAACACAGUAAAUCAUUCCAGUGCUGUGUCUCAGAGAAAACUACACAAG